CAAGCACACUUCAGAGGGUAAACAGCUCUUACCUCAUGGACGCAGGUCCACCAUAUACAGUGAUCGGGUUGGAGCAAGUAUAACCACAUCUUUGCCAAUUGUGGAGGUGUAAAGCAGAACCAACAUGGCAGGAGACAUGUUGUUGCUGAUUAGAGGCCUAGUCAGGCUAAGCCAGGCCGUGAUCGAGACGCAGGCCAGCUCCAUGCGCAGCGGAGGAGUCCAGGCUAUGAGCCAGAACAUGCAGAUGACGACUGAACAGGCCAUGAGCGUGGCCAUGCAGAAGAUCCAGGAGUUCACUGGCGGGCAGCAAAGUGUCUCCAAUUUCGGUGCCGACAUGGACUCCAAGUAUGACUUCACCUCUUCGGAGGAGAACUUUGAAAGUGUGGGACGGGAAGGUUUGGACAGUGAUUCAGUUUUCAGGGACGCGGGUGCAGCGACCACGUACACUCAGGCUGCAGGGAAGUCCAAACUGUUUGAAGGUUAUAAAGACCCCACCAGCCAGUUCACGGGCCAAACGCGGUCCUAUCACCAGGAUCACUCCUCUGUGGGAGGCAUCACGGCUGAGGACAUUGAAAAAGCAAGGGAGGCCAAAAGAAGCAGCUCCAAACCACACAAACAAAUGCUCAGUGAAAGAGCGAGAGAGCGGAAGGUGCCGGUCACACGCCUGGGGAGACUAGCAAAUUUUGGCGGGCUCGCUGUGGGUUUGGGUAUUGGAGCGUUGGCAGAAGUGGCAAAGAAAAGCUUCAGAACAGAGGAUAAGAAUGGAGAAAAGAAAGCAGUUUUGGACAGCAGCCCCUUCCUGUCGGAGGCCAAUGCGGAGCGUAUCGUCAGGACACUGUGUAAAGUGCGUGGGGCGGCCCUUAAGCUCGGCCAAAUGCUCAGUAUCCAGGAUGAUGCAUUCAUCAACCCACAGCUGGCCAAGAUCUUCGAGCGUGUCCGGCAGAGCGCAGACUUCAUGCCCAUCAAACAGAUGAUGAAAGCCCUGAACAGUGACCUGGGCCCGAACUGGAGGGAUAAACUGGAGACGUUUGAAGAAAGACCCUUUGCUGCUGCAUCCAUCGGACAGGUCCAUCUGGCCAGGAUGAAAGAUGGUCGAGAGGUUGCCAUGAAAAUACAGUAUCCCGGAGUUGCACAGAGCAUCAACAGUGACGUGAAUAACCUGAUGACUGUCCUAAGCAUGAGCAACGCACUUCCUGAAGGUUUGUUUCCAGAGCAUUUGAUUGAUGUCAUGCGUCGUGAGCUGGCGCUGGAGUGCGAUUACAUAAGAGAAGCCAAGUGUGCACGGAAAUUCAAGGAGCUUUUGAAAGAUCACCCGUUCUUCUACGUGCCAGAGGUGAUCGACGAACUUAGCAGCCAGCACGUCCUCACCACUGAGCUCGUGCCGGGAUUCCCUCUCGACCAGGCCGAGGGUCUCUCACAAGACCUGAAAAAUGAGAUCUGCAUGAACAUCCUGACCCUGUGUCUAAGGGAGCUUUUUGAGUUCAGAUACAUGCAGACUGACCCCAACUGGUCCAACUUCUUCUAUGAUCCACAAACGCACCAGGUUGCUUUGCUGGACUUUGGUGCAACGAGAGGAUUCGACGAGAGUUUCACGGAUCUCUAUAUAGAGAUCAUCAAGGCGGCAGCAGAAGGAGAUCGAGAAGGCGUGCUGAAACAAUCCAUAGACAUGAAGUUCCUGACUGGCUACGAGUCUAAGGCCAUGGAGAACGCCCACGUGGAUGCGGUUAUGAUCCUGGGCGAGGCCUUCGCCUCCAAGGUGCCGUUCGAUUUCGGAGCACAGAGCACCACGGAGCGCAUCCACAACCUCAUCCCCGUCAUGCUCAAACAUCGACUCGUCCCCCCGCCGGAGGAAACUUAUUCGCUGCACCGCAAAAUGGGCGGGUCCUUCCUCAUCUGUUCCCGCCUCAAUGCCAAGUUGAGCUGCAGUGACAUGUUCAACAAGGCGUACAGCAAUUACUGGAGAAACAGUCAGAAAGGACCCAUCCAGUGAUGGACAGUAUUUCCAGCCAAUCGUAGCGCAGAGUUCAGGAGGCGAGAGUUUGUAUUAAGCACAGUACCAAUUACGAACUGACGAAUGGCACUUCUGACUGACCGAACCGUACCAUCAUACACAUUUGUUUUUGUUUUGAGUGUGUUUUUUGGGAAAUAAUAUCCGUGGAGUGGAAGAAUUGCUAUUCAGAUGGAUGUAUCGAUGUGCCUAUAGAAUUCCUAAAACCAAGAAAGUUGGUUACUCAUCAGGUAUGGAGGUAGUAAACCUACCGUUUGGCUGUAGAACAUUGAACAUUUCAUAACCAAGCCAACAGUUUUUCCAGGUUGUCGUACGAGGACCGUUCUCCUGAAUCAGUAUGUUAACUUUGAUGCAUAUAUUGUUUGAGAAAGCAUUAUGAUGUUUAUUUUCUUUCCUGGUUUGUUUGUGACUCGUGAAUGUCGCGCACAAAAUGUAGGCUCUUUUAAAAGCCAAAGUAUGAUAAAGGUGAUUGAUGGGUCUGUUUUCCAUCGAGAGAUGCAUAAAUGCAUAUGUUGCAGUCACAUAUUAGGUAAAUAUGGCUUUUUCCUGGUUUCUCUGACGUACACUGCAGGGCUUGACUGUUUGAGCCCAUCAAAACUCAAAGCCUGUUUGUUUUUGUUAUGUCAUAAUGCAUUUUAAGACGUUAGGAUGUUAUUGAUGGUGGGAUGAGGUAUCACGUCUGUACAUGCAUUUAAAUGUGCCCUAAAGGAAUCAAGGUAAGAAGAAGAAAGCAUUGUUCAGUCUAAUGGCUUCAUAUCAUGGUGGAGAAAGCUUUUUUCUAAUUCUCUUGCUAUCGGCAUUCUUACAAGUUGUGAUAAAAUUGUGAUAAAUCUGAAAAUAUUAAAUAUUUUGAAUCAAGA